ACAGCAGUGAGAGAAGACCCCAGCAACAUGGAGUUUGUAAUGAUGAAGACUGAUGAGCAAUCAGGAGGAAACGAGACCACGGUGUGCAUUGUAGUUGGACAAAAAACAUUAUAUUUUUAUAACUUCCAAGACCCGGAAAAGCCAAUUGAACUAGCAUUUCAAAAAUGCUAUGGAAAGAUAAUAUCUUACAAAUUGUACGGUGAAAAUUAUAUCAUGAUUGGCUUUUCGCUGGGCUACUUCGUGGUGAUUUCAACGCAGGUUCAAGAGAUUGGUCAUGAGAUCUUCCAAGCUUCGGAUCAUAAAGAUUACUUGACCAGCGUUGCAAUAUCUGAAUCACUAAACAAAGCUGCAUCAUGUGGAGAUAACUGCGUCAAGAUUCACAACCUGUCAGAUCUGACGGAGAUAUGUGCGAUCAUAAACUUGGAGGAUGAAAAUAAAGGUCUAGAUCAGCUGUCGUGGACAGACGAUGGACAAUUGUUGGCGGUGUCUACCAAGCGAGGAUUCAUCCACGUCUUCUUAACAAACCUUCCCAUCCUUGGAGCCUCGUAUGGCACCCGGAUCGCCUAUCUCACCUCCCUCCUUGAGGUCACGGUGGCCAACUACAUUGAAAGUGAACCACCGAUAAGAGUUUCUGUUGAAGUGGAGCCCAAUUUUAUCGCCGUGGGGCCCUAUCACUUGGCCGUGGGGAUGAAUAAUCGGGCGUGGUUUUAUGUCCUCGGAGAGAGCAGUAAGUAUACUGGCCUCAUUCAGUAUUUUUACAUUGAAGACUGGCAAUAUGUCAACAAGUAUCAGCAUUCGGUUGGCGUGAAAAAAAUCUUCCCAGAUCCCAACGGAACCAAAUUGGUUUUUGUCGAUGCCAAAAGUGAUGGUUUUGUUUACUGUCCCGUGACCGACACUGCCUUUGAAAUACCAAAUUUGCAACCGACCAUCAAAGGCAUUCUGUGGGAAAACUGGCCACUGGACAAGGGUGUAUUUGUUGUCUACGACGAUAACAAAAUAUACACUUACGUGUUUCACAAAGAUACCAUACAAGGCUCUAAGGUGGUCUUGGCAGGAACGACCAAAGUUCCCUAUUCCCACAAACCUUUGCUCUUAUACAACGGAGAAUUAACCUGUCAGACUCACAGCGGGAAAACCAACAAUAUUCUGCUUAAUACUCACACCUUCCUGGGCAUGCUGAAAGACCGGGGCUGCGAUGAAUUGAAGCAAAUGCUAACUCAGACUUUACUUUUGAAAAGGUUUUCAGAAGCUUGGGAGAUAUGCAAAUGUCUGAACCAACCGUCGGGUUGGAACGAGCUCGGCGAGGCUUGCCUUCAUCACAUGGAAGUGGACUUUGCGAUACGGGUGUACAGGACCAACCAAAACGUUGGAAUGGUUAUGUCAUUGGAGCAAAUCAAGAGCAUAGAAGAGCACAAUCUUUUAGCGGGACAUCUGGCCAUGUUCACCAAAAACUUUAAUGUAGCUCAGGAUUUAUACUUGGCAUCUUCUUCUCCCACCGCUGCGCUUGAGAUGAGAAGAGAUUUGCUGCAGUGGGAUAGCGCGCUUCAGCUAGCUAAACGUUUGGCCCCGGAUCAGAUCCCCUUCAUAUCCAAGGAGUAUGCUGUGCAGCUGGAAUUCACGGGUGAUUAUGUGAAUGCUUUGGCCCAUUACGAAAAAGGAAUCACAAGCAACAAGAAGUUCCAAGAACACGAUGAGGCUUGUCUGGCCGGAGUCGCGCAGAUGGCGGUUCGCAUGGGGGACAUUCGGCGUGGCGUUAACCAGGCCAUCAAGCACCCGAGCAGAACGUUAAAAAAGGACUGUGGGGCUAUUUUGGAGAGCAUGAAGCAAUUUUCGGAAGCUGCCCAGCUCUAUGAAAAAGGACAAUAUUUUGACAAAGCAGCCUCAGUAUACAUCCGUUGCAAAAACUGGCAUUUUGUAUCCAAGAAGUCUCAAACUCACGAUAAAGAGCUGUCGAUAUACAAAGAAGCUGUUUUGGCCUAUGAAAACGCAAAGCAGUGGGACAACGUGAUCCGGUUGUAUUUGGAUCACCUGAAUGAUCCAGAAAAAGCUGUCAGCAUCGUCCGGGAAACCCAGUCUCUUGAGGGAGCCAAGAUGGUAGCCAGAUUCUUCCUGCAGCUGGGUGAUUACGAGUCUGCCAUCCAGUUUUUAGUGAUGUCCAAGUGUAACAACGAAGCUUUCGUCCUGGCCCAGCAACACAAUAAGAUGGAGCUGUAUGCCGACAUCAUCAGUUCUGAAGAAACCUCUAACGAUGACUACCAAAGCAUCGCCUUGUAUUUUGAGGGAGAAAAGAAGCAUUUUCAGGCUGGCAAAUUCUUCCUGCUCUGUGGCCAAUAUUCCAGGGCGCUGAAGCACUUUCUGAAAAGUCCCAAUACAGAUGAUAAUAUGGCCAUAGACAUGGCAAUAGAGACGGUGGGCCAAGCAAAGGAUGAAGCCCUGACUGACCAGCUGAUAAAUUACCUUAUGGGUGAGAAUGAUGGCAUACCAAAGGAAGCCAAAUAUCUCUUCCGGCUGUACAUGGCAUUGAAGCAGUACCGGGAAGCUGCUCGGACAGCCAUCAUCAUCGCUCGAGAAGAGCAGUGCGCAGGACACUAUCGAAAAGCCCACGACGUUCUCUUCAGCAUGUAUUUGGAAUUAAAAGCGCAGAAGAUAAAAAUACCCUCUGAGAUGGCUGCCAACCUGAUGAUUCUACACAGUUACAUUUUAGUGAAGAUUCAUGUGAAACGGGGGGACCACAUGAAAGGAGCACGUAUGCUCAUCCGUGUCGCUAACAAUAUCAGCAAGUUUCCUUCUCAUAUUGUGCCCAUCCUGACCUCAACGGUAAUUGAAUGUCACAGGGCAGGGCUGAAAAAAUCAGCUUUUAGUUUUGCUGCCAUGCUGAUGAGACCAGAAUAUCGGAAUCAAAUUGACCCUAAGUACAAAAGAAGAAUUGAAACACUAGUCCGGCGGCCGGACACCUCCGAAGGGGAAGGGGAGGAGCCAACCACGCCCUGCCCGUAUUGUGAAUUCAUGCUCCCCGAAUGUGAACUUCUGUGCCCGGGCUGCAAGAACAACCUCCCGUAUUGCAUUGCGACGGGACGACACAUGGCCAGAGACGACUGGACGCUGUGCCCCCGUUGCGAGUUUCCUGCACUCUAUUCCGAUUUCAAAAAUUUGUUGCAGAGCGAAAGCGUGUGUCCCAUGUGUUCGGAAAAAGUCGAUGCCACCGGCCUAAAAAGAACAGCGGAUUGCACACCGUACCUCAAGUCUGAAGUAGAGCCGUAAUUUUGAUCAAGUUAAGUGGCUCAGUCUUGGUUUUCAUGUUUAAAAUGAAUGUUUUUAAAUGUUUUAAUGUUUAAAACUCAGAAUAUUAAAGAACGUUCAU